CAGAUAGAUAGUAAAAACGAAAAUGUCUUCAAUGCGCAAACUUCUUGUGGCUGUUGCUAUCUUUAUGCUCUUGGCUUGCGUUAAGAGCCAGCUCACAUUCUCUCCCAAUUGGGGAAAACGCACUGUGGGUGUUGCUGGAAGUGGUGGUGGUAAUGGUGGUGCUAGCUCAUUUUUUGAACCGCAAUCUGGAAAUUGUAAGACAUCAAAUGAAAUGCUUUUGGAAAUAUUCCGAUUUGUUCAAUCUCAAGCUCAACUAUUUUUGGAUUGUAAACAUGGCGAAUAAAUAUAUAUCAAUAUAUUUUAAUAUUAUUUAUUAUUUAUUUGUUAUGCACAUUGAAAAUCGAUGUUGUCUGGA